GGGGUGUGGAUGGUUUGUGACCCCCUUUACCUGAUCCUACCCCUCACCGGCUGGGAGAGCUGAGCUUAGGUACGGCGGCCGGGAGCUGGCAGCCCUUCGACUCGGGUGGACUCAUGGACCCCACUCCAACGCCACGGAAGUAGGACCGUCCAAAAGCGGAACCUUCACCUAAGAAAAAGCAGAGUCGGGGACCCCUCCACAACGUGGUCAGGGUAGUUCACAGGCUAAGAAGAGAGCAGAGGCCCUUGAGGUGGAUGUUCUGGGGUCCUGCCCUGCGCCUCACCACAGGUGUUCCCUGUGUGUCUGCCAGUCGUUUUGGUCUUUCUUUGCCACGGUUUCUUUUUCUGUAAAUCAUGGGUGAUGACAUUAACCAUCAUACCAUCAGUGGUUAGUUGUGGGAGUGAUAAAUAAUUGCUACCAUUGGUUUAUUGAACAUUCGUAAUGUGCCAGGCACUGUGCUAAGUAUUUUGCUUCGAUGAUUUCACGUCAUCUUCAAAAUAAUCUUAUGAGCUUGGACGCAGUCAGCAGCCAGGCCAUGGAGCUCUCUGAUGUCACCCUCAUUGAGGGUGUGGGUAAUGAGGUGAUGGUGGUGGCAGGUGUGGUGGUGCUGAUUCUAGCCUUGGUCCUAGCUUGGCUCUCUACCUACGUGGCUGACAGCGGUAGCAACGAGCUCUUGGGCACUAUUGUGUCCACAGGUGACUCAUCCGUCCUCCACCUGGGGCACGUGGACCAUCUGGUGGUGGGCCAGGGCACCCCAGAGCCAACUGAACUCCCCCAUCCAUCAGAAAGUAAUGAUGAGAAGGCUGAAGAGGCUGGAGAAGGUGGAGGAGACUCCACAGGGGAACCUGGAGCUGGGGGUGAUGUUGAGCCCAGCCUUGAGCAUUUCCUUGACAUCCAAGGCCUGCCCAAAAGACAAGCAGGUACAGAAAUUGACAGUCCAGAGGCCCCCGUGAGAUCUGAAGAUAGCACCUGCCUCCCUCCCAGCCCUGAUCUCAUCAAUGUGCGCCUCAAAUUCCUCAAUGACACUGAGGAGCUGGCUGUGGCAAGGCCAGAGGAUACUGUGGGUACCCUGAAGAGCAAAUAUUUCCCUGGACAAGAGAGCCAGAUGAAACUGAUCUACCAGGGCCGCCUGCUGCAGGACCCAGCACGCACACUGCGUUCUCUGAACAUUACUGACAACUGUGUGAUUCAUUGCCACCGCUCACCCUCAGGGUCAGCUGUUCCGGGGCCUUCAGCCUCCCUGGCCCCUUCAGCCACUGAGCCCCCAAGUCUCGGUGUCAAUGUGGGCAGCCUUAUGGUGCCUGUGUUUGUGGUGCUGUUGGGUGUGGUCUGGUACUUCCGAAUCAAUUACCGCCAGUUCUUCACAGCACCUGCUACUGUCUCCCUAGUGGGGGUCACUGUCUUCUUUAGCUUCCUAGUAUUUGGGAUGUAUGGACGAUAAGGACAUAGGGAGAAAAUGAAAGGCAUGGUCUUCCUCCUUUAUGGCCUCUCCCCCUUUCCUGGCCAGAGCUGGGCCCAAGGGCCUAGGAGGGAGGGUGGAAAGGACAUGGUGGGUAUCCCUCUACAGGACACAGGAGGCAGGCAUUGUUCCUCCCAUUCUCAUCCGUGGGGGUACAGACAUCCCCUCUGUGCAAGCACAACUCAGGUAGAAAUGAAGAUGUCUUCUUCCUUCACUAUUAGGGUCCUGAAAAAGUUCAGAGCUGUUGGCCAAGCUCAGUGGGGAGCCUGGGCUCUGGGGAUUACCUCCCAACUGUGGUCCUAGCUCUUCCCAGCGUCCUGCAUGCCUACCCCCAGCACCCAGGGCUUCCUGCCAGGGCUGCUCAGCAUGGCCCCAGCAUACCUCUGUAGGGAACCUGAAGUAUCUUUCAUUUCCCUAACGAAGUUAUCAGUCUUUUGAGACUGAAAUCACAGGCAGGAAUGAAGAUUGUACCAGCUUUCCCUAUAGGCACCUAGCCACCCCCACCUUCUCCUUCUAUCCCUGUAGGAGGAAAAGGGUG